AUGGCUAACCAAAAGAGUACUGAUGCGGCCAUCAAAAAUAUUGAGAUGCAAGUUGGUCAAUUAUCUAAGCAAUUAGCCGAUCAACACAAAGGAAAUUUUUUCGCAAACACUCAAGAUAACCCGAAGGAGCAUUGUAAGUGUAUUCUAACUCGUAGUGGUAGAAAAAUUGACAUGGGCAUUGGUGAUGAAGUGGAGGAAGAGGAAAUUAAGGACAAUUCUAGGCACUAUGCUCGGUUCUUGGAUAUAUUUAGUCAGUUACAAAUCAAUAUUCCAUAUUACGAGGCCCUUGAGCAAAUGCCUACAUAUGAAAAGUUUAUGAAGGGCAUCCUUACAAAUAAGAGAAGAUAUAUAGAUCAAGAAACAAUCACUCUUGAUGCUAGUUGUAGCAUAAUCAUUCAAAGGACUCUACCGCAGAAAGAAAGUGAUCCGGGAAAGGUUACAUUACCAGUCAUAAAAGGAAAUAUUUACAUUGGAAAAGGUUUGAUUGAUUUGGGCUCUAUCAUUAACUUGAUUCCGUUAUCCAUUGUGAAAAGGUUAGGAAGCAUUGAGUUGAAAACAACAAGGAUGACAAUGCAAUUGGCCAACAAGUCUAUUACCCAUCCUCAUGGAGUAGCAGAAGAUGUGCUAGUAAAAAUGGAUAAAUUCUUAUUCCCGGUUGACUUUGUUGUCAUUGAGAUGGAGGAAGAAGAUGAUGCACCAUUGAUUCUUGGUCGAACUUUUAUGAAUACCGCUAGAAUGAUGAUUGACAUCGAUGAUGGUGUAAUAAAGGUAAGAGUUCAAGAUGAAGAGGCAUGCUUUAAUAUAUUUGAAGCCAUGAAGCAUUCAAAGGAUAAAAACGAUUGCUUCCAAAUUGAUACAACCGAUAAGGAUAUAAUGGAAGUAAAAAGGAAAGUUCAUGUGUCCACUCCCCUUGAAAAAGCUCUUACCAAUGUGAUCAAAGUUCUCAAAGAGGACUAA